AUGUGCACUCUUUUCUGGUGUUCCAAAGCCCUGUUUCUAUUGAUGUUUUGCAGGUUAAUGAAAAUGUCCACAGCUGAAGGAAAAGGUGAAAUUCUUCCUCCAACUAUACAGAAAAUAAUGAAGGGAUACAACAAGUACCUGCGUCCAUUUUUUGAUAACGGUCCUGUCUCAGUAGGAAUGAGUAUGGAUAUAGCAAGCAUUGAUACAAUAUCAGAAAUAAACAUGGAUUACACAGCUACCAUAUUUCUUAGACAACGAUGGACUGAUGAACGACUUUGUUUUGAGGGUAAUAAGAGUUUAAGCUUAGAUGGUCGUCUUGUAGAAAUGCUUUGGGUACCAGACACCUUCAUAGUAGACUCAAAGAAAUCUUUUCUUCAUGAUAUCACUGUUGAAAAUCGUCUAAUAAGAAUAUAUCCCAAUGGAACAGUCCUUUAUGCCAUACGGAUAACUGCAACUGUUGCAUGUAGUAUGGAUUUGACCAAAUACCCUAUGGACAAGCAGACAUGUACCUUGCAACUGGAAAGCUGGGGCUAUAAUAUCAAUGAUGUCCAGUUUUACUGGACCAGAGGAAAUGAUUCAGUUCGAGGCUUGGAGACACUCCGGUUGGCACAAUAUACAGUAGAAGAUCAUUUUACUUCGGUAUCUGAAGCAGUCUAUGAAACAGGACGCUAUCCAAAGUUAGUAUUCCAUUUUGAGCUCAAGAGGAACAUCUUGUAUUUCAUACUAGAGACAUACGUACCAUCCAUCUUGCUAGUUGUACUCUCCUGGGUAUCAUUCUGGAUAAGCCAAUCAUCAGUUCCAGCCAGAAUCUGCAUAGGUGUCACAACAGUGCUUACCAUGACCACUCUCAUGAUGGGAGCCAGGACUUCACUUCCUAAUGCUAAUUGCUUCAUAAAGGCAAUUGAUGUAUACCUUGGUAUUUGUUUUAGUUUCAUCUUUGGGGCUUUGCUGGAGUAUGCUGUGGCUCAUUUCUGCACUCUUCAUCGUUCCAAUUUGAGGGUACACACAAAGGAUGAGGAUGAAGAGGUUGAAGAAGAGAUUAAUGGAGUACUGGCAACAAUUGCAAACAGUUGUAAUGUCUCUGACAAGAUUAACAAGGUUGAUUCAAAGCAAAACAUCAAUACCAGCAGUAACAGAAAAGAGGAGAAAAGUAAACACAGUGGGUGUAGUUCACCAAUGACAGUGAUGAAAAGACUCUUCUGUAUCUCUGACUGUUUCUAUGUUAAAAACCCAUACCACAUAGACAACUAUGCCAGACUCUCUUUCCCAUUAUCAUUUAUCAUAAUAAAUGUAUUUUACUGGGUGUAUUAUUUGUAUUUCUAA